CGCGGGCCGCGUGUGCGGCCUGGGCCUCGGGCAGCUGGGGCGGGAGGCGCGCGUGGCCCGUGCGGGUCACUGUCCCGCCCCGGGGUGGCGGGGCGGCUUGUUGCCCCCUGCCUCCUGCUGACUGACGCAGGUGGAAAGAUGGGGUCGCGCACCCGGGGAGAGAGACACACGCCCGAAGACAGAGACGCCCAGACAUCCUGGAGACACACACACGGGGAAGGAGAUCCAUCGAUACCUGGUGACACAUACCCAAACACCCAGGGAGAGGGACACAUCCACACCAACCCCCGGGGAGACACACAGGGUCACACGGAGAAACCCACGCAGGCGCGCCAACCCAGCGCACUCCCGCAUGACUCAUGGAGAGAAAGCAGAGGCGCGCACGAUUUGAUAUUGGCGACCUCUGACCUGCUUCCCAGAAACUCCCUGCACUCCUCUAACGAGCCUGGCACAGUGGUGAACCGCUUUCCCUGUUGUCCGUGUCCAAGUGGAUCUUCCAGACAGCCCUAGAGAUGAUGAUGUUUGAACUGAACAAUUAAGGGUUCCGAAAUCAGAGAUCUUGAGAUUAAAAAUGGCAGGAAAAUCAUCGCUUUUUAAAGUAAUUCUCCUUGGAGAUGGUGGAGUUGGGAAGAGUUCUCUAAUGAACAGAUACGUGACUAAUAAGUUUGAUGCCCAGCUCUUCCAUACAAUAGGUGUGGAAUUUUUAAAUAAAGAUUUGGAGGUGGAUGGACACUUUGUUACCAUGCAGAUUUGGGACACGGCCGGUCAAGAGCGGUUCAGAAGCCUGAGGACGCCAUUUUACAGAGGUUCUGACUGUUGCCUGCUUACUUUUAGCGUCGAUGAUUCUCAAAGCUUCCAGAAUCUGAGUAACUGGAAGAAAGAAUUCAUAUAUUAUGCGGAUGUGAAGGAGCCCGAAAGCUUUCCUUUUGUGAUUUUGGGUAACAAGGUUGACAUCAGCGAGCGGCAGGUGUCUGCAGAAGAAGCUCAAGCCUGGUGCAGGGACAACGGCGACUAUCCUUACUUUGAAACAAGUGCAAAAGAUGCCACGAAUGUGGCAGCAGCCUUUGAGGAAGCAGUUCGAAGAGUGCUUGCUACCGAGGAUAGGUCAGAUCACUUGAUUCAGACAGACACAGUCAGUCUGCACCGAAAGCCCAAGCCCAGCUCAUCUUGCUGUUGAAGUUCGAGAGGUUGCCCGUGCGAUCUAACCAGCUCACACACAUGCACAGAUAAGCACAGGGUGGAGACGAGAAUUCGUGUUUGCAGCGAUGGAUCACGUACUCAUGAAAUUAAACUAACCACGUUGCUGCCUUGUUGGUGGGUGGGAGAAGGGACACAUCCACUCCCAGGAGAAUCUCUUUACUCAGUAAUGGCACCUUACCUUUAUAAGUUGUAACGGUUGUCUAAUAAUGUUUAAUUUAAAUAUGUAUGUCACACAGCUAAUAAAUGAGAUGACCAAGACUUUAUAAUUAAAACAAAACACUUGAGUAUUCUAGAAGUUACUGUUUUUUCCCCGGGAAAAUGGAGAACUACUUUUUCUAUGUGUAUAUUUUUAUGUAAUUAGCACUCUGUUCCUGGUUUAGGGAAAACAUGUCCUAAAGCAAUAACGUUAGAUAUUAAAGAUUAAAAUCCAGUGCA